AUGUGGGUUACGGCAGUUUUGGAAACUGUUGCUAGAGUUAAGCCCAAGAAAAAUGAGACGAAGGAAAAGUCAUUUCAACUUCAUGAUGUUUUCAACUUGGAUAAUGAGAAUCGGGGUGUAGAUAUGCCAACAUUGAUAGAUCGGAAGGACAAUGUCUUUAUUAUGUCCAAUGCCAAGUCGAAAUUUCCUGUGCUACAGUUAGACUUAAGAUUGAUAUCAGAUCUUGUGGUUGUCAUUGUCUCUGCAACUUGUGGCGGCAUUGCUUUUGCUUGUGCUGGACAACCGGUUAUUACUGGAUAUCUGCUUGCUGGAUCAAUAAUUGGGCCAGGGGGCUUGAAUUUAGUCAGUGAAAUGGUGCAGGUUGAAACAGUAGCUCAGUUUGGUGUUAUUUUUCUUCUUUUUGCAUUGGGCCUGGAGUUCUCCACAACUAAGCUUCGUGUUGUCCGAGCAGUUGCUGUUUUAGGAGGCCUGCUCCAGAUACUUCUGUUUAUGUGUUUGUGUGGGAUAACAGCCUUGUUAUGUGGUGGUGAAGCAUCUGAGGGGGUUUUUGUUGGUGCACUCCUGUCAAUGUCUUCAACAGCGGUCUUGAAAUUUCUGAUGGAAAGAAAUAGUAGUAGUACCCUUCAUGGACAGGUCACUAUUGGUACCCUCAUUCUACAGGAUUGUGCAGUGGGUUUGCUGUUUGCACUGCUUCCAAUUUUGGGUGGUACUUCUGGUGUUCUUCAGGGAAUGGUGUCCAUGACAAAAUCGUUGGUGAUUUUGAUAACAUUCUUGGCCAUUUUGUCAAUAUUAUCCCGUACUUGUGUUCCCUGGUUUCUUAAGCUGAUGAUAAGCCUAUCAUCUCAGACUAAUGAGCUAUAUCAAUUGGCAUCAGUGGCUUUCUGCUUGCUAGUUGCUUGGUGCAGUGAUAAGCUGGGUCUAAGCCUUGAGCUGGGUUCCUUUGCUGCUGGAGUGAUGAUAUCCACAACUAGUCUUGCACAUCAUACACUUGAACAA